UGUACUAAUUUAUCGUGUGACGGUGCACAAAGAUCUUUAACCGGUGUUGUAAGAUAAAUAAAUUUGUUAUUUGUUAUUUGUUGCAGGAUAUUGACAAGCGGUGUUUUCUUUCAAAAAUAUUUGGAAUGUAGUUUUUGAAAAAAUAAAAAAUAUCCAAAUCAAAAGGAAAUAAUGCAGGCUCCGGAGCGUGGACGGAAGUUGGUAGAUGCCCUGUUAUGUGGGAAAGAUGAAGAGGCGAUCAAACUGUUAGAAGGGAAAGUUGACUUUUCCAUUGAAAACAGAGGUGACAAUGCCAUUCAUUUGGCGGCAAGGAGAGGUAAACUGAAAGUCGUUCAGCAGAUGAAGAAAGUUAAUGUUGACCUUGAACAGAAAAAUGUUCAUGGUAAUGUUCCUAUGCACUAUGCAGCCAAGGGAGGCUAUCUGGACCUGGUUCGGUACCUAAAAGAAAACGGCGCUAAUUUAAAUAUUCAGAAUAACGAUGGAGAGACGCCCCUGCACGAGGCAGUCAAGACCCAGACGAUGGAUGUGAUUGAAAACCUGAUAGAUCUAGGCAUGUCGCCUGUUUGUAAAAAUAAAAGGACUGGGGACACGCCACUGCACACUGCAUUAAGUUACGGAGCUGUUGAGGCUAUGGAAGGGUUACUAAUCAAAGGUGCCAAGGCCAGUGCGACAAAUAAGGAGGGAAAAAGACCGGAUGACGUGGCAAAGAACGUGGCCAUUAAAGAAAGCCUCCGGAUGUACGCUACCAUGCUGAUUGCAAUGAGUUCUGGAUACAUUAAAGCGAAGGGAAUGAAAAUUUCACACCGCAACGUGUCGCAGCCACUUACAAUAGAACGUGUAGGCGUUAUCAUAGAAAACAUUGACAUUCCUAGAGAAUUUCCAACAGGAUUUUACUGUCGGCGGGAGAAAGUAGAAAACGCAACCGUGAAAUUAAAGAAAUACGAGGAGGAGUCUGUUUUCAGUGACGUUUUCCAUAUAAGGAUUUUUGAAACAAACAGAGACUGUAAAACAACAAUGUAUCUCCCCGUGUUUAAAGCGCCAUCUGAGAAAGAACAGCUGGUGAUACAUUUUAUAAACGUAGCAGAGGAAGACAUGGUGGUCGACAACGCUACGGUUAGAAACCAGGUAAACUAUUAG